AUGAGGCAAGUAGAGGCAGCAUCGGCCAGCGGGGUGACCACCACAGAAUCCCCCGCAGUCCUCAACGUGGGCGACCACGCGUUCCCAGACGUCGAUGGCAACUGGACAGGUUUCCCGAAGCAAGGCGGACAGUCCCUAUCGUACUGGCUGCAGGGCGUCCGAUGCGAUCCUUUGCUCGACCAUAGAUCGACACCAGAGCUGCCCGCGGCUGCAGACAUCGUCGUCAUCGGAUCUGGCAUUACGGGAACUCUGGUUGCCAAGCAAUGCCUAGAGACAUGGCCAAAGAAGAGCGUCGUUGUGCUCGAGGCUCGCGAGUUCUGCAGCGGCGCAACCGGACGAAAUGCUGGCCACUGCAAGCCAGACCAGUGGCGAGGCUUCGGCAAAUACGAGAAGGCCUUCGGUACGAAACAGGCCCUGCAGAUACUGAAAAACGAACAAGAGACAUGGGAGGGCCUGGUGAAGUACGCCCGCGACAACAAUGUGGACUGUGAUCUCUGGGUAGGCGAUACUCUCGAUGUAGCCAUGACACCGGAAGUCGCAACAUUGGCCCGGGACGUGUUUGAGCGAUACAAAGCCGCAGGCGGGAAGGUUGACCACAUCAAGGUCACGCUUGACCCAACCGAGGCCAGCAAGAUCUCUCGGCUCAAGGGAGCCCAGGCGUGCUUCGCAUGGCCCGCAUCGACCCUCCAACCAUGGAAGCUGGUCGCCCAUAUCAUGCGUAGCAACACCGCACAGGAGCCGCGCUUCAACUUGCAGACGUAUACCACCGUUAGCAAGGUGACAGAGGGGAACGAGCCUGGGAAGUGGGUCGUUCACUCCGACAGGGGAGAGAUCGAAUGCUCGCGAGUGGUGCACGCCACGAACGCGUACGGCGCGGCGGUUGAGCCCUCCCUGCGAGGCCUAGUUGUCCCAACGCCACACAUGUGCAACAAGGUCGUCCCACCAGCGAGCUUCGCGGGAUCUAGAGCGUUGAGGAACUCGUAUGGGGUGUUGUUACCCGACGGCGCCCUCUUCAGCGUCAAUCCACGGCCAACGUCUGAUGGCGUCAUAAUGUUCGGAGGCUCCAACCCCGGCCAGAGGAAGUUCAGAGAGUGGCUGAAGAAGCACCCCGAGCGGUGGACUGACGAUGGUCUUUCUGGGUUCCCGGAGAUAACUGCGGCUGUCAAGGCACUCGCCGAGGAGCAGCUUGAGGGCUGGGCUGCGGCGGUGCCGGGGCCGGGUACGCUCUAUGAUUACAGCUGGAGCGGGAUCAUCGGUAAUACGACGGAUGGUGUUCCUUUCAUUGGGGAGCUGUCGGGACUUCCAGGGCAGUGGAUCUGUGCUGGACAUAAUGGCCAUGGAAUGGCGAGGACGUUCACUGCUGCUCCUGGGCUCGUCAAGCUGAUGGACGGUGCUCCGUGGGAGCAAGUUGGGUUACCUGACCCGUAUCAGCUCACAGCCGAGCGGUUGUCGAGGCUGAGAAAUUUGUCGAAAGAGGAGGUCGUUGUGAUCUGA